AUGGAGAKCCAGCCAACCACCUGGCGCCGUAACGAUGAUCCCGAAUAUGCAGACGACCCCGAGUUCAACCAGUACACGACCCAGCUCUCCGACAAGCUCUUCUCCCUCACCGCCAGCAUCUCCAAACUCUCCAACCAAAUCGCCCUCCUCGGCACCCGGCGAGAGACUGAUCGCGUGCGGGAGCGCGUCCAAGAUCUCCUCUCUGAAACAGGCGACAGCUUCCAGGACAUAGGCCAAGGUCUCAAAAAAGUAGGCGCCUGGCAUGACAUGGGACCCAGCCAGAAAUACACCGCCAACAAGCUCGGAAACGAGUUCCGUGCAUCCUUGACCGAGUUCCAGGGUCUACAGAGACUUGCACUGGAAAAGCAGAGAGCGAGCGCGACGGCGGCACGGACAGCGUUGGAUUCUGAGGGCGUGAGCUCACCAGGCGGAGGCGAAGGCGGACAACAGCAGCAACAGCUUCAACAACAACAGCAACAGGAACUACGAUUAGCGGACCAGAGCGAGGUGGACUUCCAGGAGUCUCUCAUCACAGAACGGGAGGCGGAGAUUGUACAGAUUGAGCAAAGCGUAGGUCAGCUCAAUGAACUAUUCAGAGAUGUCGCGACACUGGUACACGAUCAGGGGAUGAGCUUGGAUAUCAUAUCCGAGAAUGUUGAGUCUACGAGGGAUGACACCAGAAAUGCGGAUCAGCAGUUGAGAACCGCGAGUCGGCAUCAGAAGAGCGCGAGAGGGAAGGCAUGCUGCUUGUUGAUAAUCUUGGCGGUUGUUUUGGCGGUCGUCAUUUUGGCUGUGGUGCUGAGUUGA